CAAACCGCACCACCGGCAGCCGGGAGUCGUCCGCGGGUAAACCCAAAGCCUUCUGGGAGUCGUAGUCCCUUCACUCGCUUCCGCGUUUUCUCGGAGCCUGGACUUUCCUGCGCGGGUUCUACUCAGAAGCCAGAAGUUGAAGCUUGAAGUUGUCAGUCCUCUCUGCUUCUCUCACCUACUGCCUCGCUCAACCAAGUCUUGUGUGAGACCCACCUGCUCUAUUUCCAGAAGAGAUCCAGAAUCUGACCACUUCUCUCCACCUCCACUGCCUCUGCUCAGCCCUAAGCCACAUUAUUGUUCAUCUGAUCAUUGCAGGAGCCUCCUUACUGGAGAAGCCAACUCCUCCCGGCCCGCCCGGAACCCGCGAUGCCCGCCCCGCAGUGCGCCUCCUGCCACGCGGCGCGCGCUGCCCUCCGCCGCCCGCGCUCCGGUCAAGCGCUGUGCGGGGCCUGCUUCUGCACCGCCUUCGAGGCCGAGGUGCUGCACACGGUGCUGGCGGGCCGCCUGCUGCCGCCCGGCGCGGUGGUGGCCGUGGGGGCCUCCGGCGGCAAGGACUCCACGGUGCUGGCGCACGUGCUGCGCGAACUAGCGCCGCGCCUGGGCGUCUCGCUGCGCCUGGUGGCCGUGGACGAGGGCAUCAGCGGCUACCGCGACGCGGCGCUGGCGGCCGUGCGACGCCAGGCGGCGCGCUGGGACCUCCCGCUCACCGUCGUGGCCUACGCAGACCUCUUCGGGGGCUGGACGAUGGACGCCGUGGCCCGCAGCACCGCCGGCUCCGGCCGCAGCCGCGCCUGCUGCACCUUCUGCGGGGUGCUGCGGCGCCGCGCGCUGGAGGAAGGGGCGCGCCUCGUGGGAGCCACGCACAUCGUGACGGGCCACAACGCCGACGACAUGGCAGAGACCGUGCUCAUGAACUUCCUGCGGGGCGACGCGGGGCGGCUGGCCCGGGGCGGGGGCCUGGGCUCGCGGGGCGAGGGGGGCGCACUGCCGCGCUGCCGCCCCCUGCAGCUGGCCUCGCAGAAGGAGGUGGUGCUGUACGCGCACUUCCGCCGCCUCGACUACUUCUCGGAGGAGUGCGUCUACGCGCCCGAGGCCUUCCGCGGCCACGCGCGCCACCUGCUCAAGCUCCUGGAGGCGGCGCGGCCGUCGGCGGCGCUGGACCUGGUGCACUCGGCCGAGCGCCUGGCCCUGGCCCCGGCCGCGCGGCCGCCGCCCCCCGGCGCCUGCUCCCGCUGCGGGGCGCUGGCCAGCCGCGCGCUCUGCCAGGCCUGCGCCCUCCUGGACGGCCUGCAGCGCGGCCGGCCCCGCCUGGCCAUCGGCAAGGGCGGCGGGGCGCGCGACGAGGAGGGGCCGCCACCCCCGCCGCCCAGCGACCCCGGUUCUGCGCCGGGCCCCGCCGACGGGGAGUGCGGGGCGGCCUGUAAGGAGCGCUGCGAAUAAACCCCCUCCGCCCGGGCUUCGGUGUGAGGUUGGGAGGGGGACGGACGGGACCGGUUACCCGUGACCCCGCAGAAGCUGAGGCCUGGACUCCUGGGACUGAGGUAAGAGGGGUUGGGACGUGGACUCUUGGAUCUAAAAGAGAAGAGAACUGAACAACUUUCCAUUCCCAACCAGUGGAAAUUAGGGGGCUGCUUACUUAGUACUCUGCCCAGGUCUGGGCAUGCUCAGGAUAGUCCAAGCCUUCUUGAGCACCUACUGUGUGUCAUGAUUGGCUGUAGGUGAGAUUAGCAAAACCACUUGACUUGGUGGGCUCUGGUCAUUUACAGUAACCACGAUGCUUAUCUUUGAGCGCUGCGCGUACUGCAGACGCCACAAGGUCUCAUUUCAUCCAAACCACACACGAUCUCAUUGGCCUGAGGUCACCUAGCUGGAGAUGGACAGAACUGGGGGCCCCCACCCAGACCUGCACCUGGAGCUCUUCAAGACGGUGGAUUUGCUCCCCACCCCCCCGAAAUCUCUCCUAGUGUCUCUGUGUGAUGGGUGAGGAGCAGCUGGGUGGGCUCCCCAGACCUCAGAUUAUGGAGGCAGAGCUGGAUGAGCCUGGGUCAGUGACUUAACCUUUCUGGUCUUCGGUUUCCUCCUCUGAAAUGGAAUUACACCCCUCCACCCCCCAUCAAAGCGCUGUUGUGAGGAUUUGAUAGUGUGCUCAAUAUAUGGUGGCCAACUUUGUGGGUCAUAUUACAUUAUGGCCACCAGGGGGCUCUGGGUUUCAGAUUUGCUACCCUGUGCUUCCAAGAGGGUGUGAGGCCCAGAAAAGCUUCCAGCAGGACCCCUGGGGAGAGACUUGGCAUUCUCAGUCCCCCCUCCAAGUUUUGCUGGCCUGGUCCCUUGUCAGGAAUGCCCUGUCUUUGCCGUCUUCCUUCUCAAAGCCUCCAGGGUAUUUCUAGAAGCCUUCCUCUCUCUUCUCACCUGCCCAGCCCGGGACAUAGGAUUCUUCCCAAGUCCCAGCCCCCAGGUCCUGCCCUCAUGUGCCAUCCACACUCUGGUUCUUGUUCUCCCUAACUAGACUGAGGUUUGAGGGCAGAUCUCCCACCCCACCAGAUAACCAACAUCAUUUAUUCAAUAUGUACUGAAUCCCUAAUGUGUGCAGGGGCAUUUCUAAGCAUUGUUGAAAAAAAAAAAAAACAAAAAAACCUCUUACUUAAGUCUCCUGGCUGGCUCAGUCAGUGGAGCAUGCAACUCUUGAUUUGGGGGUUGUGAGUUUGAGCCCCACAUUGGGUGUAGAGAUUACCAAAAAUAAAUAAACUUUUAAAAAAUCCGUCUCACUCAUGGAGCUUACAGUAUUGUGGGAGAGGGGCAAUAGACAAAUCAGGAUGUAAUGUGACGUCUGAUGAUGCAUGCUAUGAAUAACAAAGCAGCUUAAGGGGAAAGGGUGUGAAGGGGGUGCUAGUUCAGUUUGGGAGGUCAGGGCCUUUUUGAGAAAGUGACUUGAACAGAGCCCGAAAUAAAGCAAGGGAGGUUUCUAGCUAUGACAGAGAAUCUCGUGUCAGAACACUGCCACUGAGAUCAACUGGAAAAGAAAAAAUAGAUCUAUAACAAAGCAAGCUAUCUGAAGACAUCAAAGAGCUACCAAGGCAGUCAGGAUCCCACUGAAGAGGCUCAUUCUGCUGCAGGGGCCAGAAAGCUGAGGAACAGGCAGAAAGCAUAGGCUAAGAAGUUGGGGAUCUGAGCAGAGCUUUCAACAGUGUCAUGGGACAGGAGACAGGAUUAGAGUCCGGGACUAGGUAGGAAGGGACUCGAGGGGCCAGAAUCUGGGGUGACGGGAAGAGCACUGAGGUCAUCCAGACACUGUGUUCAUAUUUUCCCCUGGACAGUUUCAUGGAACCGGGUAAAUAAAGUUUGAUGUUCAGGGUCUUGUACAAAAUAGAGGCCCAGUAAGCACCUGUUAGGACCCAAGUAAGGUCACAGAAGUAAGGGUCACCUGGAAGUAGACCCACCCACAAAAACACCAGAACCUAGCUUCAAACACACUCAAUCCCAGACCAGGUGAAGAUCCCUACUCUGUCUGCUUGCCAGAAAGCAAAAGUUAGGGUAGCCCUGGCCACUGAGCCUGUUUACACUUAUGUUGAUAAAAAUUAAAUUUAGUGGUGCCUCGGGCGCCUGGGUGGCUCAGUUGGUUAAGCGACUGCCUUCGGCUCAG